ACAGUAACGUAAGACAGAGAAGGCGGUCAGCAGCAGGCCAUUUCGGGGACCUAACCAACUUGUUUCUACGGUUUUUUUUUACUGCGUUUACGGCAUUUUCCGUUUCCUUCAGGAUGGAUUGUACUUUCAACUAACUGAAAACUUCCAGAACAUGUUGGAGAAAAGAGCCGCGGAGUUUCAGCUGGACGAGGAAGUCCGGGGGAAAAAGGUGAAGGAACCGUUCGACACCCAGUAUCGCUGCGGCGCUCUGCUCGGCAGCGGCGGCUUCGGGUCGGUGUUUUCGGGCCAGAGGCUUUGUGAUGGACUGCAGGUUGCCAUUAAACAGAUUUCCAGCGACCGAGUUCAGCAGUGGGCCAGACUGCCCGGCGAGGUGGGCCCCGUUCCCAUGGAGAUCGCUCUGCUGCAGCGACUGGCGGACGUCGGGGGUCACGGCGGCGUCGUGCGCAUGCUGGACUGGUUCGAGGUGGAGGGGCGGGGCUUCCUGCUGGUGAUGGAGCGCCCGCCGCACGGCCAGGAUCUCUUCGACUUCAUCACGGAGAGAGGAGCGCUCCCUGAACGCCUCGCACUCAGGUUCUUCCGGCAGAUCGUGGAGGGGCUGCUCUUCCUGCACGCCCACGGCGUCGUGCACCGAGACAUCAAGGACGAGAACAUCGUGGUCGACACGCGGACGCUCGACGUCAAGAUCAUCGACUUCGGCUCCGGAGCUCCGCUCAAAGAGACGCCGUACAGCGAGUUCGAAGGUACGCGGGUCUACAGCCCCCCUGAGUGGAUCGUGUCCCAGGCCUACGAGGCCGUCCCUCUCACGGUCUGGUCUCUGGGCGUGCUGCUCUUCGACAUGGUGUGCGGCGACAUCCCGUUCGAGCGCGACCAGGAUAUCGUCGGCGCCGCGCCCGUUUUCAGCCGACGGGUCUCUAAAGAAUGCCAGUCUCUGAUUCGCUGGUGCCUGUCGUACCGUCCCGAGGAGCGGCCGACCCUGGAGGAGAUCCUGUCCCACCCCUGGAUGGAGGGAGGCGAGGCAGAGGAGGAGGAGCAGCACAGCUCUCUGCCCAGCCAGUCCCUGUGACGGGACAAACAUUAAACUUAACCCUGAACACACCACUGGCCUCCUGAUGGGACAAACAUUAAACUUAACCCUGAACACACCACUGGCCUCCUGAUGGGACAAACAUUAAACUUAACCCUGAACACACCACUGGCCUCCUGAUGGGACAAACAUUAAACUUAACCCUGAACACACCACUGGCCUCCUGAUGGGACAAACAUUAAACUUAACCCUGAACACACCACUGGCCUCCUGAUGGGACAAACAUUAAACUUAACCCUGAACACACCACUGGCCUCCUGAUGGACAAACAUUAAACUUAACCCUGAACACACCACUGGCCUCCUGAUGGGACAAACAUUAAACUUAACCCUGAACACACCACUGGCCUCCUGAUGGGACAAACAUUAAACUUAACCCUGAACACACCACUGGCCUCCUGAUGGACAAACCUUAAACUUAACCCUGAACACACCACUGGCCUCCUGAUGGGACAAAUCUUAAACGUAACCCUGAACACACCACUGGCCUCCUGAUGGGACAAACAUUAAACUUAACCCUGAACACACCACUGGCCUCCUGAUGGGACAAACCUUAAACGUAACCCUGAACACACCACUGGCCUCCUGAUGGACAAACCUUAAACGUAACCCUGAGCAUCGUGCAGGUCUCUUGGUGCGUUCCAUUUAUAUUCGGAAGUCGGAAUUCCCAAAGUUGGAAACUCCCACCUGAAGUUUGGAAGUCGCACUUCUGUGUUAUUUGGGUCUCACUAAAUCAGUCAUACACCCAUUUCUGUCCCUCUUCUACCUGUGGACAUGUCGCUACGCUCUUAAUGUAAUGCGCUGUUAGCGACUCGCUAACCCGGCUAGAGGAAAUCCCAGAUGUGAAGUGGUCAACUCCAGGUGUGAUGUCAUUCCCAGCUUCGGCUCCAGAGGUCAAAGGAGCGUCUGGUCUGGUCUGGUCUGGUCUGGCCUGGUCUGGUCUGGUCUGGCCUUUGUCUCCAGCAGGAUCUGCCGAUCCUCUGGAGGCUCCACAUCCCAGAUCCCCAGUGGAUCUGAAGGGAGCGGCUCAGCGCUGCGUCCCUCUUCAUGUUUGAGCCCAGACAUUAACAUCCCGAUGAAGACGUCCCCGCUGGAUGUCAGCAGAAGCUCAUCGGAGGGCUGAGACGUGAAGAGAACUCGGCUACGUACGAUCACUUACUGAGAAAGUAUUUAUUUUUAUUUUGACUCCUCACGCUGCAGUGCUUAUUUUAUUUUAUUUAUCUGGUCUGGAUGAUGCAGGAGCCGCGCCUCCAUUAAAGCAGAAUGACUUUC